CCCUUUCCCGAGCCCCGCCCACGCAGCGCCGGGAAAGUUCUGGGCGCGUGCGGUGCAUUGUGGGAGGGACCGUUAGCACCAGGGCUGCCGCCAAGAUGAUGCCCACACCUGUUAUCCUGCUGAAGGAGGGCACGGACACUUCCCAGGGGAUCCCGCAGCUUAUCAGUAACAUCAGUGCUUGCCAGGUCAUUGCCGAAGCUGUCCGCACCACCCUGGGCCCCCGGGGCAUGGACAAACUCAUUGUGGAUGACAGAGGCAAAGCCACGAUUUCUAAUGAUGGUGCAACCAUCCUGAAGCUUCUCGACGUGGUUCACCCCGCGGCAAAGACUCUUGUGGACAUCGCCAAAUCCCAGGAUGCAGAGGUUGGCGACGGCACCACUUCUGUCACCCUCCUGGCUGCUGAAUUCCUGAAGCAAGUCAAGCCGUAUGUGGAAGAAGGCCUGCACCCCCAGAUUAUCAUCCGUGCCUUCCGCACGGCGACAGAGCUGGCUGUAAAUAAGAUCAGGAAGAUUGCAGUUACAAUAAAGAAGACAGACCAAGUCGAGCUGCGGAGCCUGCUGGAGAAAUGCGCAAGCACAGCCCUGAGCUCCAAGCUGAUCUCGCAGCACAAGGGGUUCUUCGCCGCAAUGGUGGUGGAUGCUGUCAUGAUGCUGGAUGAGCUGAUGCAGAUCAAAAUGAUUGGGAUCAAGAAGGUGCAGGGCGGCGCCCUCGAGGAUUCCCAGCUGGUGGCUGGGGUGGCCUUCAAGAAAACCUUCUCCUACGCCGGGUUUGAGAUGCAGCCCAAGAAGUACAGCUCCCCCAGGAUCGCCCUGCUCAACAUCGAGCUGGAGCUCAAGGCGGAGAAGGACAACGCCGAGAUCCGGGUGCAGAGCGUGGAGGACUACCAGGCCAUCGUGGACGCGGAGUGGAGCAUCUUGUACGACAAGCUGGAGAAGCUGCACAAGUCGGGGGCCAAAGUGAUCCUCUCCAAGCUCCCCAUCGGGGACGUCGCCACGCAGUACUUUGCCGACAGGGACAUGUUCUGCGCUGGCCGGGUGCCCGAGGAAGACCUCAAGAGGACCAUGAUGGCUUGCGGUGGUUCCAUCCAGACCAGUGUGAAUUCCCUGACGGAUGAUGUUCUUGGGCGCUGUGAGCUCUUUGAGGAAACCCAGAUUGGAGGGGAGAGGUACAACUUCUUCACGAGCUGCCCCAAAGCCAAGACCUGCACGAUAAUCCUGCGCGGAGGGGCAGAGCAGUUCAUGGAAGAGACGGAGCGCUCCCUCCACGAUGCCAUCAUGAUUGUCAGGCGAGCCAUCAAGCAUGACUCUGUGGUCGCCGGUGGCGGAGCUAUCGAGAUGGAGAUCUCCAAGUACCUCCGGGAUUACUCCCGGACCAUUCCCGGCAAGCAGCAGCUGCUGAUCGGGGCUUACGCCAAGGCCCUGGAGAUCAUUCCUCGCCAGCUCUGUGACAACGCGGGCUUCGAUGCCACCAAUAUCCUCAACAAGCUGCGGGCCAAGCAUGCCCAGGGGGGCAAGUGGUACGGCGUGGACGUGAGCAACGAAGACAUCACGGACAACUUUGUGGCUUGCGUGUGGGAGCCAGCUAUCGUGCGCAUCAACGCGCUGACGGCAGCGUCCGAGGCGGCGUGCCUGAUCGUGUCUGUGGACGAAACCAUCAAGAACCCCCGCUCCACCGUGGACGCCCCCCCGCCAGGCCGUGGCAGGGGGCGAGCCCGGCCACACAACCACUGAAGGCCUGCCCUUGAACGGUCGCCUUAACAUCCCAGCACUGUGACUGCGCCUUUUUGGUCUCCAUGUGGGUAAUUUAAGCUGCCUUUGACGGUCACGGGACUCCUGUGUUACGUCCUUCUCCGACGUCCUUCUCAUGGGAGCCUGGUAUUCAGGAACGUGUGCAGCGGGAAUGUCCCUUAAGCUUACUAAGCUUAAUAGGCUCUUGAAUGGUCAGAUCCUGGUACCCAAGAUGGUUCCAGACUUCUCUUUCCCUUUUUUUUUUCCUUCUCUCUUUUCCUGGUUCCUUGCAGACGUUCAGCUUGGAGGAUUAAAAGGCUUCAGAUCUUUGCAGCGUUGGCACAGUGCUUGAAUGUUAAUGUGGGUUGUUGGUAGUAUUUAUUGUUUUUUUUUCUACUGGAGGUUUAAACCCAGGCAUGAGAACAAUAAAAAGUUGGAAAUGGCA